UCUCACUUUCGACCCCACACAAUUCCACAACCUCGACCGAUAUGCGCCAGAGCCCCAAUGUCCAAAUGGCGAUUGAAGGGGUACGUCCCGGACUCGGAUGAAGAAGACGAAAACUUGGAAAUAACCUCAUCCUAUCCGAACCGCGAUGAGUCUCAAGUCGCGUCGCUUAAACACAUCAAUGGAGCAGCCUCACCUCCAAUUCGUGAUUCUACCGACCAAAAGAAGGAUGGUAAUUUGGAGAUCAUCUCACAGAAAGAAGAUGGUGCGGAUAACACCGUUACAUGGAGCCAACAGGCAUCGCCUACGCCAUCUUUCGCGCCUGUCGUACCUGCGAUAUCCACAACAGUACCAACCACCGCCAGCACUUAUACAUCGCCGCCACAACGUGUCUCUGUGUCCGAAAGAGACCGUACAGAAAGCCCUGAUAUACUCCAAGCCUGCUUAGUCCCCAACGUACCGUUACAAACGAAACCUGUGCCGUCCCAGGAAGUUGCUGUCGAUACUAUAGCUGCACCCAGCGCCCCUCUCAACCGAAACGCCUCGACCGUCAAUGCGAAUCUUGCGGCCUUUGGUCUCGACAAUGGCCUUUUCUCGUCUUCCGAUGAUGACUUGUCUGAUCCUCCUUCUGACAUGGAAAGCGAGGGUAUGGUCGAGAAGACUGUCUUUGCCUCCCCAAAGCAAAAUCAGCGUGUGCAAGUGGUUAUACCAACGUUUGCUGGCGCGUCGCCCGAAAUUCCACAGGCCCCACCGAACAGAUCUCUUAGGGCACGACGACCAGACCAGCUUCAUCCAUAUCUGGUUGAAGAUCAACGUUGGCGACAGAAACUUGAAGAGAGCGGCUACAAGAAUAUUCCACGAUAUAGAUCUCCGGUUCGACAGCCGGUCAACCGUGAUGCAGAUACCCAAGACACCGAAUUUGAACCGGACAAUGAAGAAGAAUCGAUAGAUCCGUCUAUGGGCCUAGCCUCUUCGCCAGUAAUCACAGAAAGGGCUACCGAUGAUCUCCGGACUUCGACACAGCGGCGACCGUCAUUGGCGUCAGCUCAAGAUUCUGCCCCUCGACCCCCCAAAAAGAGGAGGAAAUUGCAACGGCAUACAUCAGGGAGACUAGCUCAACAUCCACAGCCGUCUUUGCCCGAUCCUUGGGCUUUACCUCCCUCUCCGCCACACGCUGCGGACUCUCCUGCGAAUCAAACCAUGCCGGGUCUAACAGUACCUACUACGAACUCCCCUGUGAUCGACUUACCCACCCCUUCCCAUUCAUCUAGCCUUCAAGGUCAUGAUGAUUCAGAUAACGAUGUAGUCCAGCCGUUACGUCGAUUAACACAAAGGCGUCGUUCCCCCAUCACUGUUUCUAGCGACAACUCCAGUACUAGGAAUUCAUCUGAUGAAGCAGAGCAAAGCGACUCGGAGAUCAGACAAAUGUCCAAGAAAAUAAGAGGCGUUCUCCCAGCUUCAUGGCUACGGAUCGAUGCUCAAAAAAAGAAACCCGUUUCCUCAUUGUCAAGAGAAUUGUUCAACGAUGCGAGAUCGCCUGAGAAGUCCGGACCACAAAGAGGCGUAGCACAAAAGGUCAUACGAAGCAAAGGUCUCAUCCAACGAUCACCAGCACAAACAAUCCAACAUCGAAUCCCAGAUGUUGUUUCAGAUGAAUCAGACGACGAUGGUGUCGAGAUACCAAUCCGCUUCUCCAUCGAGGCCCAACAGGAUGCUCAAGCAGCCACCAACCUCGCAGCUAGGCUGGACAGACAAUAUACCGGUGAUGAAUCCGAUAUGGAGGACGAUCGUCUGGAUCUAUUUCCCUUAGGGGGCUCGAGUCGAAAACGGAAACAGCAGACAAAAGUUACGGAUGCUUUUCAAAAAUUUAAGAAGCCUAAACUGUCUAGAAAUAACGCCAAGGGCUCCACAGUACCUACCGCUCGUACGUUGGGUAAACUCUGAGUGUUC